AUGUUCGAAGCAUAUACACCCACGGAGAUAGCUACAAGAUUGGAGAAAUCAGUUGAUGUAGCAUCGUUGGCUGCUCAUGGUCAUGCUGCCAAAGUUUAUGUUGGAAGUAAGGCUGGUUAUUUGCUGGCAUUGGAUGGAAUCCGUGAAGGUAAGCGUGGGUACGAUCUAUCGAUAUGUCGCUCAUUCGAGAAGAAGGCAGUAAAUGAAUUGUGCUGUAUCGAAAAGCAUGAUAUACUGCUAUGUUUAACUGAUUCACAAAUUGCUGCGCAUGAUCUUUUUGAUCCAUUUUCCUUGAAAGCACUUAUUUCCGAUGUUAGACCCAUAUCUGCUUUCUGUGCUGUUGUAUCAGAGGUAGAUGGAAUAUUAUAUGUAGCUGUAAGUGCAAGGAAGAAAAUAUUUCUUUACAAGUGGCUUGUUGAUGAAUUUACUAAGAUGCGUUUUGAAAUGUCAUUAGCUUUUUUUCCGGAUUAUGUGAAUUAUAUGGUUUGGUGUGGUCCUAUUAUAUCGCUAGCUGUGCAAAACGAAUAUUACUAUAUGACCGUCUUUCCGAUCAGAGAAGAUGCAGUGAAUGUGAAAAAAUUAUUUGAUGUUGGUUCGAAAACAGAAAAUCCAGUUAUUGUUGGAAUACCAGAUUAUAAACAGAUUGCAUAUUGUCGUGAUAAUUUCUUGUUCUUUCAAGAAUAUUAUGGAACGGUGAAUCCCAUAUCAGAAAUGAAAUUCUCGGAAGCUCCUCUUAAUAUUGUAUAUGAUGCCCCAUAUUUGUUGGCACUCUUAGGGAAAGGAAAAGUUGAGAUACGUUCAGUGAGGCCAACGACACAUAUACAAACUAUACAGCUUAAUAAAGCGAUGUACAUAUCCACUGGUUUGAGAGGGACGGUUUAUGUGGGGAGUAGCAGCGAUGUAUGGCUUUUAGAUUCUCGACCACAAAUGAGAAGUAAUGUGGAACGGUUGGUUAGCGAGAAGCAGUUCGAAUUAGCUGUUCAGCUAGCGGAGAAAUGCGAUGAAAUAGGUUGUAAAGGUGUAAUGGAAAUCAAACGUAACGCAGCCUUCAACUUAUUCUGUCAGCGAAGAUUCGACGAAUGGUUGGAAAUUCAUGCACAGAUCAAAACUGAUGUGAUGACUGUGAUAGCGCAUUUCCCACGACUACUGGAUUCUAGUUAUCAGGAAUCACUGAAGUCUUUGCUUGAUGGACAGCCACCGGAUUUUCCUGAAAAUGAAUUUAGAAACGGGUUGCAGUCGCUGGCUCCAUAUCUUGCUUCUGUACGUAUGGAACACGCGAAGGCAGUUACUGAACUUAAAAAACUUUAUCAUCUACAUAUGCGAGAUGUUGAUAUCGUGGAACGGUUGAAAAAUCAUGAAAAUGUUUUACAAGUGGUGGAUACUACAUUACUAAAGUGCUACCUUCAAACCAAUGAAAGCUUGGUGGCCUUGCUAUUACGUCUUCCAGACAAUAUGUGUAUAGUGGCUGAUUCAGAAAAAGUGUUGCUGGAACAUGAGAAAUAUAAUGAAUUAUACGUAUUAUACGAAAGAAAAGGCUUGCAUCGUAAAGCCUUAACUCUGCUAAUGGAACAAGCUCAUAUACAUGGAAGUCCAUUACGAGGCUGUAAUAUGACCGUUGAAUAUCUGCAGAAACUGGGAAACAAGCAUCUGGAUCUAAUAAUCGAGUUUGCCGUUUGGGUUUUUCAAGAUAACCUCAGCUCUGGUCUUUCGAUCUUCACUUACGAUAGUGCGGAAGUUCGUUCGCUGGAUCGAGGACGAGUUUUAACAUUUUUAACGCACGAAUGUACUGCUGCAGUGGUUCCAUAUUUAGAGCAUGUUAUCUAUAAAUGGAACGAAAAUAUGCCUAAGUUUCACGAAGCAUUGGGCCAACAUUACAUUUCGAAGGUGAAACAGUUACAGCGGGAUUAUAUCAGUAUUCUUGGAGAAGAUGAGCAUGUCGCACCAGCUGGAGAGGAAGAAGGUGAGCUUGGCGAAUAUAGAUGCAAACUUCAGCAUUUCUUGCAAACUUCUACUGCUUACAGUCCGGAAAAACUACUGGUUCAAUUGCGCCAUAAUUCGUUAUAUGAAGAGAGGGCAUUGUUAUUAGGGCGACUGGAAAAGCAUCAGCAAGCAUUAGCUAUUUAUACGCAAAUUUUGAAGAAUUACAAUGCGGCUGAGAAAUACUGCAUGGAUUGUUAUGAACCAAAGGAUCCGAAACGUUCCAAGGUAUUUUUGAUUUUACUUCAAAUGUACACAAAUCCACCGGAUACAUCUAUUGUUGGAUUAAUGCAAAGUGAUCACUGUCUCGUUGUACCAAAUCCAAAUGAAGCAGUUCGACUGCUGCAAAACCACAGUGAUAUGUUUGAUCCAGUAGAGGCGGUAACCUCAUUACCUCUUGAUUACACAUUGAAAUGUGUAUGGCCUGGUCUCGUUACUAUUCUGCAAACGGCACAUAACAAGAAAAAUACCGCUAUGAUUCAUAAAGCUGUGUGUGAUGCAGCAUUGAAACAUGCACUGCAACGGAAAGCCGUAUCACAUUCUACAAAAUUUGUUGUCGAUUACGAAAGUGAAUGCGCUGCAUGUGGAAAAAAAAUUGCUAGCAGUGCUUUCGCCCGAUAUCCGAAUGGCCGUCUGGAACAUUUUUAUUGCUAUCAAAGGAAGGGAAAAAAGUAA